AUGGUGUCUUUCCAAUGCGAGGGAUGUGGUGAUGUUCUCACCAAGAAGAAGCUCGAUCCCCAUCGCGGUCAAUGCCGUGGUGCCUCAUACACCUGUAUCGAUUGUAUGGUUCAUUUCAACGGAACCGAGUACAGAUCGCACACAUCCUGUAUGACAGAGGCGCAAAAGUAUCAAGGCGCUCUGUACAAGGAGAAACCGACUAAGGGUCAAAAAAAGGCCCAGAAUAACCAGAACAAGAACGCGAAACUCAAUCCCAACGCCAACAAGCAAGCCCGUGUCGAAGACGGCUCUGAUGGUGAGCACCUCAUUAACCGACCGCCUCCUCCGGCCCCUACUCCCCCACCUGCGGGUGCUGUAAAAACACCCAAAGCUGCGAACGGCGGCAAGGCUGUCAAUGUGUUUGACUAUCUGGUCACCGAUGAGACCCCCAACGCAUCUAGGGUUACCCUGGCCGGUCCUAAGGAACAGAUGACCAUGGUGUCGCAUGCCAAAUCGGUCUUCGAGCCCAGCAAAUCCCUGGCUCACCUCGACACCAAGACGGACAGUGAAGGAAACUACGACAUCCCUUAUGAAGAGAAUGGAUUUUCAUAUGGUGCCGAGCCCAUUCCCCCAACCAAGGAGUUAGAGGUUGUGACUCCUGCGCCUAAAAAGAAGAAGGAGAAGAAGGGAAUUGUCAGCGAGAAGAAGCGCAAGCGCGAUCAACCAGAGUCAUUCAACAGCCCCGAGCUAGAUGACACCCCCAUGAUGGAUGCGCCUUCUAGCAUUAUCAACAACGCAGGCACCCCAAUGCUUAAACACUCCGGCCUGACUGGUGGAUUGAGCCGGAUGAUGCGAUCCCCUUCCAUCGAUGACACCCCUGAUCACGGCCUUAAUGCCCAUCAGGACUCAUCAUCCCCGAUUAAAAAAACCCGCCGCACUGGCAAAGAGAACAGCAACAGCGACGGCCUCGGAAUCUCAAUCAGGAACCGCGCCGAGCGCCUCGUCUCAUCAAUGUUCAGUGGCACAGGCUCCGUAGCCUCAAAUGGAAGUGGCAGCCACGACACAUCCCACGCUCUCGUGCGUCGGGGUAGCAUAUCUAGCGGCGACGGCCAACUCGAAGUGCGCAAAAGGAAGUCCCACCGCUCCCGCGCCGCUUCAGACAACCACACCGAGCGUAAAUCCAAGCGCAAGAGCAGCAACCCCAACGACGGUGAUCGUCCGUCUCGUCGUCAAAAGCAUGCCGAUGAGCAUUCCUCCCAUCGGGAUAGCCGUCAGGUGACAAUUUACCGUCAUUCCGAGGCACCAGCUCGUAGAGAAGAUGUCCUCCAGCGUGAAAUGGCCCAGCACUUCCUCUCCCUUGUGUCAGAUGGUGAGCGCGGCUGUUCAGUCCAUAAGGCAUUGAAGCGUUUCCAUCGGGACUUUUCUGAUGACUACGACGCUGAUCCUGAACGUCGUAGUGAAGAUGAAAAGGAUCUCUGGCGUGGAUUACGGUUGAGACGUAAUGACCGCGGUGAGAUUGUUGUCACUAUCUAA